AUGUUGUGUGCAGUAUGUAUGUCCAUAUUUCAGACUAAUGCGAAGCAAGGACUUCACCAUAAAAACUUUCAAAGCCUUGCCACCGCCGCAAAGAAUGGGUGCAGAAUCUGUCUCUACUUACGCAGUAACCUCUUCUCUGAGCAUUUGAGCCAUAUAGAGUAUCAGGUCAGGUGGGAAAACGCAUGGGAGUUUCUUUGGAAUAUUGAAUUCUACGAUGCUGUCAGUGGGCCAUCAAUCAAUCUUGGCAAAUCCCGGAGUUACUCGAACUGGUUCCUGUUUGUCGAUGUAUUUUCUUUACGAAAACCUCCAAUCGGUUAUGAGGACUUUCUCGCCCUUGUCGUUGCAGAUCAAAUCUCGGAGCCCACGCGAGUCCGAACGGAAUUUCCGCCGUUGCGGGAAAUACCCGAUAACACUGGCCACCAGGAAGUUGCACGCCUGGCUAAGAAGUGGCUUCAGACCUGUAAAGAUCAUCACGAUUGCGGAUCUGCUUCGCAGCACGGCUGGUAUCCUAAGCGGCUCAUCCAUGUUGGCGAUGAUCAGCAGUCCCCAAGACUAGUCGUUUCCAAAGAUGAGAGACCAGAAGGCUGUUAUGCGGCAUUGAGUCAUUGUUGGGGAGAAAACCCAGAGUUCCUCGUGUUAACAUCCGGCAAUUUAUCCAACUUCUGCACUGAGAUUCAGCUACAGAACCUUCCAGCCAGUUUCAGAGAUGCAGUGAUAACCUGUCGUCGAAUUGGCAUUCCAUACAUCUGGAUCGACUCGCUUUGCAUCCUACAGACUGGCCUUGGUUCCCAUGAAGAUUGGCUAUCACAUUCAGAGGACAUGCAUCUAGUUUAUCGCAACUGCGCCUUAAAUAUUUCCAUCGAUGUGUCCGAGAACCCUCACGGAGGUGCCUUUAGGUCGAGGGAUCCGAUGUAUCUGCAAGACUGCUAUGUCUGGACUCCAUUUCGCACGCCGCCAAUACCUUCACGCGAAAGCGAGAACGACAUAGAUGAUAGCACAGAAAGGUCAGAUCUCUGGAACAUUUGCACAAUCUUCACCUCCGACGACUUUUCCUGGGCAAGAGUAGAUCUCCCGCUUAGUUAUAGGGCAUGGGUAUUCCAAGAGAGGCUCCUUUCACCCAGGACCUUACACUUUGUUUCAGACCGUAUGUCCUGGGAGUGCGAUAGAAGCUGCAACCUCACCGAAUAUCUACCAGACGGCGUGGGCGCCGAUAGAUGGAACGGCUUCGAUUGCUUGACCCAAAACGCAUUCAGUGUUCGCGAAAAGGGAGAUCUGGCCACAUACUACUACGACCUUGUGUGCCCAUACACGGACCGUGGACUAAGCCAUCCCGAUGAAGACAAGCUCGUUGCUUUCGCCGCCGCCGCCCGACGCUGUAUUCCAUGGUUUGGUGGAGACUACUGCGCCGGAAUCUUUCGCAGCACCAUGCCGGGAGGUCUUCUUUGGGAGAUGUCUCCCAUUGGACGAUUAGGAAGGUCUAAAGUUUACCGCGCGCCGUCUUGGAGUUGGGCCAGCUUGGAUUGCCGUGUGAGAUUUGAUACCCUAGAAGUUGAAGGAACUGUUCUGGCCGUUGUGGACGAUGUUACGGUGGAAUCGGUUGACCCAAACAAUCGAUUCGGUCAAGUAAAGUCUGCUUCUUUAACAUUGACUGGGCCUCUAGUAGCGUCUGAUGCACUCGUCCUCAAGGACGCCAACGACGAAGAGUUCGUGGCCGAAGGUAGAUUUGGUCGUGAAAGCUAUCAAGACAUACAAACUAUGCUCGGGCACAGCUUCGGUAUCACCGCCGAUACUGUGGCCUUUUGGGAGGAUGGUGAAAGGAAAGCUUGGCUGAUCUCCCAAAAGAACUUGUAUCUCCUUGCCGUUUUGGAGACUUCGAAGCAGUCUCACACGCACGGUCUUUUGGUGCAGAAGAAUGAUGAUGGGGCCUUCACCAGAGCUGGGAACUGGGAGGCAGGGCCGAGAUUUGUAUCGAAGCAUGCAGCUGGGACAUGUCGGUUCACUACAGAAACGAUCACAAUAGUUUGA